AUGGACAAUACUGACACACUUUUAGCUGGCCUGGCUAGCGGGGACCGCGCUCCCGUUGAUGGAGCUGUCACAGAGACCUUAAAACGUGAUCAGGACUCGAUGGACGACUUUGAGCACCUGGAUCGAGAAAACAAGAAAGAAGACGGUGAGUCGCCGCUGCACAUCCCUCAAACGAAAAUCACGACUCAAAACUUCAUCGACAUGGAACGUGACGUAUUUAUGGAUACGCCACGAGCACCAUCUGUUACGGAAAAAUCAGAGCACCUCGCGGACAAGUUCACGGAUAGUGAAUCCGACGCUGGCGAGUCUCCCUUGCAUCGGCCUGAUCCGGCUAUAGCUCGGGAGGCCACGCCUGAACCUUCAGCCCCAGUUGACCCCACGCCGGUUUUAAUCCCGGCGUUCAUUCCUGAGAAAAAAGAUCCUCAGCCUGAGCCGAAACCUGAAGUGAAGAUCGAGACUUCUAGCCCCGUAGAACAAUUGAAAGCUGAGGUGAAGCCUAUCAGCAAACCAGAAGAGGAAUUCAAACAUUCGACGACAUUAGACGAAUAUAUGGCCGAGCCUCUCGUACCUGAGAAGCAGCCAGAACCACCGAAACCAGCUCCGGCUCCGGCACCACCUGCAGUUGUACCAGAGCCUGUCAGCCGCCAGGAUACCCCACGAGGACCCACCGCGCACAUCAUUGAAGCGGAAGUCAUUUUCUGCCAGAUGGGACUUGGUAGCAACUGGGUGGUGGCGAACCAGACGAAGCGUGUCGCUAUCGCGUUAAGUACGGCUAAUGCAGCAUGCCAGGAGUUGAGGGUGCGCAUUGUCUGUGCGCAUGCGCGGGUCGAGCGCGGGCGGGUGCGGAGCGCGGGGCGCUGCGCCGCGGCGGCCAGUAUCGACGCGAGUGUGAAGCGCGGUGCGCGCUAA